GAGGAGUGUUUUUCGGUACUGUGUGCGGGUACUCAGCAAUGUACUUGCUCGGAAAAUGUAUUUUGAUCUGAAAUUUUUUCCCCGAUUAACGCAUCGUUAUAUCAUCAACCAAGGGGCCUAGAUGAUAGGUAGUGAAUAUUGCGGUACCUUGUUGUACCCCGGUGUUUGAAAAUAGGCUUAGUAUCGUUAAACGAGAUUGGAAUAUCGUUCGGAAGCUACAGAUGGUCACCGAGAAGAAGUCAUCCAACUUCCAUUGAUUGUAUUUAUAGUUUCCCGAUUUAUUUUUACGUCAAGUUUUUGGUGCAAAAAAAAAACGAUGCAUCCGCCUGCCGGAUGAACGGAUAAUAUCUCAUUCCGUAGUGGUGUGCCCCUGUGAGGUGACGGACGUGUCUACCUGUAUAGAAGAAAAGUGUAUACGUUUAUCAUCGGCUGUAAACUAAAACCAAAAUAAACUACAUUGAUACUAAAGAAUGGAGUCACUGGUGGCGGGACGGAGACGAACUACCACAAGGCAUUCGGCCGAGGAUCAAGCUCUUGAUCAAAUUGCAAAAGAGGCAGAAGCUCGAUUAGCAGCUCGGAGACAAGCUAGAGCAGAGGCUAGAGAGAUCCGAAUGCGAGAAUUAGAGAGACAGCAAAAAGAAGCUGAGGAAAACGCAGAUAGAGUCUACGAUAUGUGUACUGACCUAAUUUCAGCUGAUGCUAAUCGAACGAUGAGGGUGACACCAGAUCCUGUGAGAACAUCUCGCCUUCUCACAAACUCCAACAACUUUCAGUCAAGUCGAAGGUCAUCCGAGGAUUCCUUGGAAGAUGCCGGCCUUAGUAGAGAUCUUAGGUUAGAACUUAAGGAAUUUGAGGAAAAAUUCCGCAAAGCUAUGAUAACUAAUGCACAAUUGGAUAAUGAGAAGUCAACUUAUUCAUAUCAAGUAGAUUUAUUGAAAGACAAACUUGAAGAGUUAGAGGAGACUACUGCUCAAUUGCGCCGAGAGCUAAGAGAGAAAAAUCGAGAAGCUGAACAAUCGAAGCGUAUAAGUCAACGCCUGAAAGAAGAUUUGGAUGUCUGCAGGGUGCAACUAUUGGAACGAGACACACUUAUACAGGAAAAUGGUCUUGUUAUAGUAGAAGACGAGGGUGAUGAGAGUGAUGCUGACAUACCGGAAAAUGGUCCACGUCCAAGAAAAAGAGUACUAGUCAGUACAGAGAGUGCAGACUUGUUGCAAAAUGCUGGAGAAGGAUCAUUGGAUGUCCGACUGAGAAGAUUUGCAUCUGAGAAGAAGGAGUUGCAAGAUGAAAUUCGACAUUUAAGGCUGGAAUUGGAAGAUGCAAAGAAUCGUGUUCGAUCAGAGAGGUUACCAGGUUCGAUGUUGGGAAGCUUAUCAGACUCUGAAGACAUUCAACGAGAGGCAAACAAGCACUUAUCAGAUUACAAAUUCAAACUGCAAAAAGCAGAACAAGACAUGUCCACACUGCAAGCGACAGUCGCCAGGCUAGAGAGUCAAGUUAUUCGAUAUAAAUCUGCAGCAGAAGCUUCCGAAAAGGCAGAAGACGAAUUAAAGGUUGAAAAGCGAAAGCUACAACGAGAGAUGAUAUCUGAUUAUUUUGACGAAUGUCACUGCCAGUAAAGAAAUGGGUACGAGAAUCACAGGGCCGAGUAGAGGAGCUUGAAACCGCAAAUUCUCAUUUACAACGAAGGCUAGAUAAACUUAAGAACGCCAAGUCUGCACUUCUGAAAGAACUUUGAUAAGAAAACGUGCUUGGACCCGCUUAUUAAUGUUACCGUUAGUUUGGGUCCAAUUAUCAUAUAUAUCUAUUCUCCAUAGAACAUAUGCCCUUGAAUUCUCAGACAUGGAAAAAGAUGUCUUCUGAGUCAUGAUAAAAAUUAACAUUGCCUAAAUAUUUAACAGAUUGAUCGGAGAAAGGGAAAAAAGAAUCAAUUUUUAACUGCUCGAAAGCAAUAUGAUUACAAGACGAUUCGACUUGGAUCAGAAAAAGGGAGAAAAGAAUCAAUUUUUGAAUGCUCCAAAGCAAUAUGAUUACAAGACGACUCUACUUAGAAGGAAUACUACCAAGGCUAUUAGUCAUUGGAAUCUGUCUCUAAUUUAUCUUAAUCAAUGGCCAUAUUUGAUUAAUAUUCAGGUCUGGUUCAUGAAAGUAUCACGCUUUAUUUUCCCCUAACAAAGGUUGGCAGUUUCGUACUUGUUAUCUGCACCAACCUUGCGAAUGCCAUACUACGCUCCUGCUAAUACAAACACAAGAAUUGUUUAAUUUAAUAUUUUGUAAUUAUUAACUUAUAUAAGACAUCGUAUUUUAACGAUUA